CAGGCAUGUGGCAGUGACAUGCGUUUCAACGUUCAGUGAACCUGUGCACCGCACGUCCACUUGGCAAUGAAUUACGUCAUAUAGUUUGUUCUUUCAUCGUACUCACGGUGGUCAUAGUCCUUCUAGGGAGAAACCUACGAUUCAAAAGAAUGAAGAAGCCCUGCCCUUCGAUGUCCUCUUCGGGGUCUGAAUCGCCGUCUCCUCCAGGACGUUUGUUCUGGGUGCUUGAGACCCGAUUAACCAACCGUUGCACAAGUCGGCCAAUCGGAGGACAGCACGACUGCUGCCACAUUACCUUCCGCCUCUUUGAACAGACCGUGUCAUUCGUUCCGUGUUACCGCCGCGAAGCAACUGUGGCUAUGAGCGGCGGUUAGUAUGGGCCUGGGCCGACUUCAUGGGGAACUCUGCCGACAUUCGUCUGGAAAGUCUGCCGCAGAAACCCAGGGAAACCCCAGACAUUCGAACCUUCGUCACCUCCCAGUUCCGGCGUGGAAAGCGGCCAUCUUAACCACUAUGCCACGGGAUCUGAAAAUCCCGGCUGGUUGGCGGCGCUUUUUCACCUGGUCGCCUGAGAGAUCGUCUGCCGUGACGUCACUGUGACAUCACGGAGAGAAGCGGAACACAGCCCGUGUGGCAGCGCGGAGGCAGGAGCAUACGCGUGGAGCACUCUCUACGAAGCGGACGCAAUGAGGAUUCCUCGUGGGUCGUCAGUGACGUUGCAGCUGCUUACCACAUCACCGAGACUUACUUCUUCCGUCUUGUGUAACAGACCUGAGGCUUGAGUACCAUGGCCAACGACACAGAAGUUCCAAAAGAUCUUGUAAGACACGCAGACAUCCCUGUUGCUCUUCUGGGGAGCGUCGGAGCGGCAGUGGCCUUGCUCGUGAUCAUAUUGCUCUUCAUCCUGUGGCGUUGGCACCAAAGAAGACUCCGCAAGAAGCAUCAGCUGUCACGGCUUACCCCUCCGAUGACGAGCUCUGUCACCCAGGGCGUCAAGCAUACCAUCGAUUUCGUCCUGCCUACUAUUCAGAUAUCUGAGAUGACGGAAGACUCUGAGACAGAUUUCGCCAGGUCGUACUCGGACACUGAGCAGUACGCUGCGAGAUUCAAGCGGAGUUACCUUGGUCGGUACGCCAUAGAGCCUGCCGGUUUCCAGAAGGGCUUGUACCAGGAGACGCAUACGGGUAUAAAUGUGCCCCCCACAGCGGGGAGAGUGGGGUUCCGACUGCAAUACAACACCGCCAGGCAGACUCUCCUUGUUCGGCUCCUGGGCGCAGCUGAUCUUCCGCCUGCAUUUAAACGAGGUACAGCAAAUCCGUUCGCCAAAGUGACCCUGCUUCCAGACAAGACUCCAAAGUUUGCUAGUCGUGUACAAAAAAAUACUUUGAACCCGUGCUUCGGAGACAUCUUCUCCUUCAACGUGAAACGGACACAACUGGCGUCCAAGACAGUCCGAGUUGCUAUCUGGGACCACGACCGCUUCUCACGCAAAGUUCUCGUCGGACAAGCCUGUUACCAACUAAAAGAGAACUGCACAAAUGAUGAAUCUGCAAAAGACUUUGACACACAGGACCUCUGGCUCGACCUCCUGCUGGAUCCAGAAACGAGCCAGUCCCGGGGUGGAGCCUUGCUCAUAUCAUUGUCUUACCAGAAGGAGUCUGGUCAACUCACCUGUUCCAUGUCACAGGCCCAAGGCCUCAAAGUACCUGCUGCAGCCGAUCGCGACGCAGUGAUCUACAUCAAGUGUGCCCUGUAUGUGGACAAACGCAUUCUCCGUUCGUGCAAGACGCCACCACAGCCAAGAGCUUCUGAGGUCGCAUUCAGUGACGAGACUUCAUCGUUCAGCGUGCGCUUACCUGUAGAACACGACUUAUCAUCUGCAAAUGUGCUUUUGAUCUGCAGUGCUCAUUGCAGACUGGGAACGUUCAGUGGGAAAACGCUGCUUGGUCGCUGCCGGCUGGGACCUCAGUGCGGUUCAGACAUAGGCAUUCGCCACUGGAAAGAACUUUCUAAUGCGCCAUCUGGCGAGUCCAUUUCCAGAUGGCACUCACUUCGAUAAUCAGGGCGAGGACAACAAAAGAACUGCUGGACAGUGAUCUUUGUGUAAGACUGUUAAGUUGGAAACGUGUAUAGCGGUGAGCAAGAUGUGAAAACUUCAGAACUCUCAACUCUGCGUUGUGAUCGAUGCGUGUCGCCAUAUGGGACAAAUACCCAUACAUAUGUGACGAUGAUGGUUGUAAAAACACUAUGGAGAUCUAGGCCUUACUUAACGGUGAACUCUCAGAGAUAAACACAGAGUGUGUUGACUAUACGUAGUCAUUUUUUGUGCGCGUUUGCUUUUACCAACCUGGUCGAACUCCUCAAGAAAACACUUUAUUGGAUGUAUGCAUAAAACGACUGUAACGUUUUAUUGCAAAAACCCUGUACAUACACAUGUUUCCAGAUUCCGUAUCGUGUCGCCUGCGAUGUUUUACCGAAGUCCGUGCUAGGGCACGUGCUUGAUUCCAGAAACGAGAACAACGUGUAGUGAGUAAGGCAUCCCUGGACAUUUAGGGUCCAUGUUUUCGUGUUGGCAGCUAUGAGCUUUACCAUCACAGUUUUUAUGGCUACGUUGUGUUGUUUUUAGUUUACGAGCAGUUGGCUAGAGUGAAAUGAAAGAAUAUCGUCUUACCUAUAGAGUUAUCUUAUGGUUUUCCAGCAUUGACGUUUAUGUGUCAUGCUGAACCCAAGCAAUGUAACAAGUUGUGUUGAUACCACAAACACUGCCCACACAAAAAAAAGAUUAUCAUGAAGGUGAACAGUGAUACCAAUAGUACACUGUCUAGUAGGUGGGCAUUCAAGUUCUAAGGUCUCCAAUUUUUUCCCCUCUGGUAUGUGAGCGGGCAGGAGCAUGGCAGGCGUCUCAGAAGAUGCGGAUAUUGGGCAGUAACAUCGUCGAGGUCAUCAAACACACGUGGCGCCACGUGGUCUGAAUAAGCCAAUGUCUGUACGCUAUUCAGACACUAUGGCGACGUUCAACUUCGGAGAACAGUGUGUUAUUAUUGGACUUCUGCAACUGCGUCCCGAAAGUCAUCGCCAACUUACUGAAACCUGCGUAGAAGGUGUCAUGGACGUGAAAAAUAUAUGGACCGAAGCGGCCUUGGCCAUGCACCAGCAGGUCCGACAGCAUGAUUGCACGAGUGCAGGAAGUGGUAUUGGUCUUGUGCAGGUCUUGGUCUUGGAGUGCAAGAAGUGGUCUUGGGAGACCGUCGAUUGAUAGUGAAAGAUAUCGUCUCCACGACUGACAUUUCGACAGGAUACGUGCACGCCAUCCUGCUUGAAGACUUGAAAAUGCGGAGGACCUCCUGCAGGUGGGUGCCUUGAAUGCUGACAGACGAGCACAAAGCUUCGAAGGUGGCAAUGUGUCAGGCGAUUGUGUCACGUGACAACGGCAUGAAUGGCGGCUUCACUUCAUCAACCGUGAUGAUGAACGGGACAUGGAUGCCGUUUUUAACCCUGAAACAAAACGCCAGUCGUAGCAAUGAAAGCACUGCGACCCCCUGUCACCGGAGAAGUUUCGCGUUGCUGCCAGUGUGCAGUAGAUGAUAGUGGCCGUGUUCUGGGACAGUAAGGGCCGUCAUCCUCACGCACUGCAUCCCGAAAGGCACGACGGUGACAGCUGCAUUCUACCGAGACGUUAUGGGGAAAAAAUUUCCUUACUGCAUUGGUGGAAAAACGUCCGCACAAGGCAGCGACCGUGAUCUUCCUUCACGACAAUAUUCCGGCUCAUCGAGCGACACCUCUACAAAAUUUUCUUUAAUGAAACAACUUCGAACUGGUUCCCCACGCUCCCUACUUCCCGGACCUUGCGCCUAGCAAUUUUUGACUGUUCCAGACCAUGAGGGACAGCCUCCGUGGUGGUCUAGUGUUUCCAACGCGCUCGGUGGACCUGCAGAAAAGACUUCGCAGCAAUCAUGCAGUCGUGGGGUCUACGUUGCAAAAAGUGCAUAGAACUGCAGGGUGAAAUUAGGAGACCUUAGAAUUUGAAUGGCCCUCGUACUAGGAGUUUGGCGCCCUCCAUGCAAUUUUUGUGCACCGAGAGAUGUGUCCUACUGCAUGCGACAGAAAGCAAGCAAAGCAAAUAAAGAGGCAACGUCGUUUUCA